CCCUCGCCACCAGCGCGUGGUCCCGGCCCCCUCCACCCGCCGUCUCGGCCGCGGCCAGCAGCCCCUGCCCCCCGGGGGACGCUGACGGCCGCCGGGCGCGCCGCCCUAGCGUACGGACAGGGGGCGCUCCGCGCGGCCUGGGGCAACCCGGGCCACAGGGGCAGGAAAGUGAGGGCCCAGGUCGGCCCGGGCGUGCAGGGGCCCCGGGUUCGCAGCGGCAGCGGCGGCAGCGAUAGCGGCACUAAGCAGCAGCGGGAGCGCCGGGUUGAGCCGGGAAGCCGAUGGCGGCGGCGGCGGCUCCGAUUCCUCGCUGACUGCCCGUCCGCCCUCCUACUUUGAGCGCCAUGUUACCGAGCCAAGCUGGGGCCGCGGCGGCGCUGGGCCGGGGCUCGGCCCUGGGGGGCAGCCUGAACCGGACCCCGACGGGGCGGCCAGGCGGUGGAGGCGGCGGCGGGACUCGCGGGGCUAACGGGGGCCGGGUCCCCGGGAACGGCGCGGGGCUCGGCCCGGGCCGCCUUGAGCGGGAGGCUGCAGCAGCAGCGACAACCACCCCGGCGCCCACCGCGGGGGCCCUCUACAGCGGCAGCGAGGGUGACUCGGAGUCGGGCGAGGAGGAGGAGCUGGGCGCGGAGCGGCGCGGCCUGAAGCGGAGCCUGAGCGAGAUGGAGCUCGGCGUGGUGGUCGGUGGGCCCGAGGCGGCGGCGGCGGCCACCGGGGGCUACGGGCCGGUGAGCGGCGCAGUGAGCGGGGCCAAGCCGGGUAAGAAGACUCGGGGCCGCGUGAAGAUCAAGAUGGAGUUCAUCGACAACAAGCUGCGGCGCUACACGACCUUCAGCAAGAGGAAGACGGGCAUCAUGAAGAAGGCCUAUGAGCUGUCCACGCUGACAGGGACACAGGUGCUGUUGCUGGUGGCCAGUGAGACAGGCCAUGUGUAUACCUUUGCCACCCGCAAACUGCAGCCCAUGAUCACCAGUGAGACUGGCAAGGCACUGAUUCAGACCUGCCUCAACUCGCCAGACUCUCCACCCCGCUCAGACCCCACCACAGACCAGAGAAUGAGUGCCACGGGCUUUGAAGAAACAGAUCUCACCUACCAGGUGUCGGAGUCCGACAGCAGUGGGGAGACCAAGGAUACACUGAAACCGGCCUUUACUGUCACCAACCUGCCGGGUACCACCUCCACCAUCCAGACAGCACCCAGCACCUCCACCACCAUGCAAGUCAGCAGCGGCCCCUCCUUUCCCAUCACCAACUACCUGGCACCAGUGUCUGCUAGCGUCAGCCCCAGUGCUGGCAGCAGUGCCAACGGGACUGUGCUGAAGAGUACAGGCAGCGGCCCUGUUUCCUCUGGGGGCCUCAUGCAGCUGCCUACCGGCUUCACCCUGAUGCCUGGUGGGGCAGUGGCCCAGCAGGUCCCAGUGCAGGCCAUUCAGGUGCACCAGGCCCCACAGCAAGCGUCUCCCUCUCGCGACAGCAGCACAGACCUCACGCAGACCUCCUCCAGCGGGACAGUGACGUUGCCCGCCACCAUCAUGACGUCAUCUGUGCCCACAACUGUGGGAGGCCACAUGAUGUACCCCAGCCCCCAUGCAGUGAUGUAUGCACCCACCUCGGGCCUGGCUGAUGGCAGCCUCACCGUGCUCAAUGCCUUCUCCCAGGCACCAUCCACCAUGCAGGUGUCCCACAGCCAGGUCCAGGAGCAAGGUGGCGUCCCCCAGGUGUUCCUGACAGCGCCAUCUGGGACAGUGCAGAUCCCUGUUUCUGCAGUUCAGCUUCACCAGAUGGCUGUGAUAGGGCAGCAGGCCGGGAGCAGCAGCAACCUCACCGAAUUACAGGUGGUGAACCUGGAUGCCGCCCACAGCACCAAGAGUGACUGAUCCGCCCUGCCGCCCUGGACAGAUGGCCCAAGGGACGGCACCACUUAUUUAUUGUUGCCUUUUCACGUUUUCUUUACACACAUGUUGACGGGCCGCAGGAGGGAGGCGGGGAGGAGCAGUGGGCAGCCACAGGACUGAGCCCUCUCACUCCAGCCAAAGAAAUGGGCCAGCCUGCCCUCCACCCCAUCCUCCCUCACCCUCCCCUCCUUCUAGCUCCACCUCCCAUCUCUGUUGAUGGUGGGGCUGUCCUGCCUCCUCAGACUCCCCUUGCCAGCUUGGCUCCGUGUUUGCCAUGAGUAUUAGCUUACCCGAUGGGACCGUGCUCCCCCUCCCACACACAGGUCUCUGUGGGACGAGGCACUGUGUCCCCCUGAGGAAGCAGUCGGGGUCCUCUCCCCAGCCUCCUUGCUGACCCCACGUCAGCUCUGCGUCUGCCACAGGCUGGGUCAAAAGAGCCCUAACCCUGCCCCUCAGGGAGCCAGCUGGGGAGAUGGGGCUUCUUCCCUCAAGACUUGCCCGCGCCCAUGGCCCUUGCAGCUCCUGAGUAGCGGGGCCUGUGCAUGGAGCAGAUUCCUGGGGUGACCUGCCCUGCCCUGCCAGUCCCCUCGGAACUCCGGGGGCUGCUGGGUUGGAGGGAACCACCGGUGUUCCCUCUCCCCCUGUCUUCCCCCCCUCCUCCCAGCUGCUUUACUUAAAGUUGAUUUUGAACUUUUUAUUUGAGGAGACGAAGUGAAAACAAAUCUAUAAAUAUAUAUUUUUAAAAUAUUUAACUUUUUUUUAUGGCGUUUUUCUCGUCCCCCUCCCUGCCCAAGCUCCCCUUCCCUGGGGAGCCCUGGGGCUCCCUGGAGCUGGCUGGGCUUCUGGGGACAGAGCCGCCCCAUGAGCUUGGGGCCCGCCAGUGUUGGGGGGAGAUGCUGGGAUCGCCCGGUCCUGGGUUGUUUCCAGGAGAAAACCGGGGGAGGGGCCCUCAGGCCAUGCCCCAACGGGGUGGGGAGGGUGACCCACAGCUCUGGGCCUCUUUUUGUCCUUCAGGGCUGUUGCUAGGGAGAGGGAAAAGGGAGACCAAAUGUGGGGAUGGGGGUGGGAGGGUGUCAGAGGCAACCGACUUCAUUUGUGCCACACGCAUGGGCAUUGCAGCCUUGUGUGCCCCCAGGCCUGCAGCUGCCUGGGGCCCAAGUUGCAGUGAGCAG